CAGCUGUCAGUGAUACGGUUGUUAAAAUGGUUUGAAGAAGUUGUGAUUUUUAUAAUAUUACAGGUUUUUUUAGUUAAUUAUAACAAUAAUUAUCUAAUUCGUGGUUAAUAGGAACUAAUGUUAAUUGUGCAAAGUGCUAGUUCUAAUAGAUAUAUUUUAAUAAAGAAGGAUGAAAAUUUUACCAUUAAUUUUAAAUAUUUUGUACGUGAUUACUAUUAAUAAUGUCGAAGGCAAAACGAAAAAAUCCAAGUCCGUUACGACUCUCCUAGAAGCGAAAUGGCACGCGACUCCGCUGGUGAUGGAGACCGCGGAAUAUUUAGCCGAAGAAAACUUAGAUUUCUAUUGGGGUUUCAUCGAUUCGAUCAGUUCAUUAAAUCCCCCACUAGACUCAAUAGAAAACGAACGACAACAAUACAAAAUUCUAAUCGACCAUGCAUCGAAGCUGCUGGCCCCUUCGCAAAUAUCAGUAUUAAAGCUAGGCCUGUCUCUGCACAUAUACUCGCCUAAAAUACAGAUGUUCGAGCAGAUCGUCCAGGAAUUAAACCUACCGAAUUGCCCGAGUAUAGCCGAUAUCGGCGGAACUGUUGUGUGUAACCCCGAAGAUGUUCGCUCGUUACUCGACACUCCUAGCAAAAAUCCCGCGAGACCUGACCUGUACAGGAUUGAUAAUCACUUCCCCGGCUCGGCGAAUCGAUCGCUCGUUGCCGUUUUAUACGGCCAGAUCGGAACUAAAUCAUUCGCUGAAUUCCACGGGAUUCUAAAGGAAGCAGCUUUAGCGGGAAAAAUCGAUUACGUCGUAAGACAUCACGUUAAGAAUAAAAAUCCAAACAAACUAAGACUGUCCGGUUACGGUGUGGAAUUGCAAAUGAAAUCCACCGAAUACAAAUCGCAAGAUGAUACCGAAUUGCACGAAGACAGCAGCUCAUCGGAAGGUUCGCAAGAAGAGGAAGAAACCGAGUUAGAAGGAUUCGAUUUCGCGAAACUAAAGCAAAUAUUCCCGAAUCUCAAGCAGCAACUGGACAAAUUCAAGUCCCAUUUGCAAGACACCUCGAGCGAAUUGGCCCCGUUGAAAGUGUGGCAAUUCCAGGAGCUCAGCCUGCAAGCGGCCGAACGUAUAAUGAACGCUCCCAAAGAAGAAGCCCUCAAAAUUCUCACCAACACCGCGCAGAAUUUCCCCGUGCAGGCCAAAGGACUGUCCAAGUCCACCGUCAGCGCGGACAUGAAGCAGGAAAUGAAGAAAAACAGCGAAAUGUUCGCGGCCCAUUUGAACCUUCAACCGUCCGAUACCGGCCUGUUCAUCAACGGAAUGUUUUACGACGUCGAUAUCGUGGAUAUUUACGGUAUACUCGACGUCCUGCGACAGGAACUGAGAACCAUGGAAGGAUUGCACACUUUGGGUGUAACCAACGAACGAAUGUCAUCGUUGUUGAAGUUGGAUUUCCUGGACGAAAGCGACGGGCAGGAGUUCGCCAUAGACAUCAGAGAUUCCGCCAUAAAUUGGAUCAACGACAUCGAACGUGACCCAAAGUAUCACCGAUGGUCGAGUUCGCUAAUGGAAUUACUACGACCCACGUUCCCCGGCAUGCUACGACAAAUUAGAAGAAACCUAUACAAUUUGGUUCUUAUUAUCGAUCCAACGGACACAUCAUCGGCUGGCGUAUUGAAACUCGUUGAAUCCUUCGUUAUACAUACAGCACCCAUACGAGUGGGCGUCGUCUUCAGCGUGACCGAUCGCAGCGACGUCGACGGCGUCGACGAUCUAGGCGUCGCGAUGCAAUGCGCCUUCAACUACGUGGCUCAAACCAAAGACGCCGCCUCUGCUCUAACGUUCGUCAGGACGCUGUUGCAAACCGCCGACGAUGGGAAGUUAUCGAUCGAACAGAUUAAAGAUAAACUUCGCGUGGAAUUCGACGAGGAUCCGAUGGACGUGCUCGGCGAGGAUUCGGUGUACGAUUUCGGGCGACAAUUGGCGUCCGAUUUCAUCGAACGGGCCGGUUUGAAAGUGUUCCCGCAGGCGCUGUUGAACGGGAUACCGUUGGCGCAGGCGCAGAUCAACGUCGAUGAGUUCGAGGAGACCGUAUUGCAGGAGAUUAUGACGCAAACGCACGCGUUCCAGAAGAACGUUUACAGGGGGAAAUUGUCCGAUUUGGACGACGUAUUCGAGCAGAUCAUGAACCAGCCGAAGGUGAUGCCGAGAUUGAACGAUAGGGUUUUGAACAAGGACAAAUCCUCGCACGUCGAUAUGACAGGUACCGCUACUAGCAUCGAUGACGUGCAGAGAUUGUUGAAGUUGAGCUCGCGCGACAUGACCGCCACUGCCGUGGAGAAUUUGAAGUACUUUUCGGCUUUGAAGAAGAACAAGAAAUACCAUUCGAUGACCUAUUGGAUUGUGGGCGAUUUGAACGAGAGGACUUCGAGGAAUUUGUUGUUCGGCGCGUUGGAACAUUUGAAAUCCGAGAGCCACGUUAGAGUGAGUUUUUUGCCGAACGUCAACGGCGGCAAAGCGAACAAAUUGAAUAAGCUAGUGUUAGCCGCGUUGCAGGAAUUACCCGCGGAAAAGUCGCUUACUUACGUUAUUUCCCUUUUGAAAGAUGACGCUUUCUACAAGCAAUUGGAGAGCGGCGGAAAACUCGAUAUACCUGUCGAAUUGGCGUCGAAAAUCGACGCGCAGGAAUUGAACCUGAAAAUGUUGCGGGUGUACAGCCAAAGAGUGUUGCAAUUGAAGGAGGGCCAACGGGCCGUGAUAGCCAACGGUAGAAUACUCGGACCUUUAGACGACGACGAGCAAUUCACCUUGGAAGAUUUCAAUCUACUCGAACGGUUCACAUCGAGCAGCUACCUCGAGAAAAUCACCGCCGCUUUGGAAAAGUCCUCGGACGACGACGAAGAAAUGACGAGUAACUCGUUCAUGAAGAUCGUGUCGAUUUUGGUGGACAGAUCGCAGCCGAAAUCUCGGUUCGACAUCGCCUACUUCGGCGACGAGCAUUCCGUCAUCAAGAUACCGGCGGCCCAUCCGGACAGGGCCACGUUCGAGAUCACCGCCGUCGUCGAUCCGGUGUCGAGGGGCGCCCAGAAAAUCGGGCCGAUCCUGCAGGCGUUCCAGGAGAUGCUCAACUGCAACAUCAGAGUGUUCCUGAACAGCGUGGAGAAGAACAGCGACAUGCCCGUUAAAAGUUUCUACCGGUUCGUUUUGGAACAAGAGAUUCAAUUCGACGAAGACGGCAAGCAAUUACCGGGUCCCAUAGCUAGGUUUAAUAAUCUACCGACGUCUCCGUUGCUGACGCAGAAUUACCACGUGCCGGAGAAUUGGUUGGUGGAGGUGGUUCGAUCGGUGUACGAUUUGGACAACAUUCGAUUGGAGAACGUGGAGAGUAACGUUCACAGCGAAUACGAGUUGGAGUAUCUGUUGUUGGAAGGGCAUUGUUUCGAACAGAACACCGGCAGUCCUCCGAGGGGGUUGCAAAUAACGUUGGGUACUGAUAACCGGCCGGUUAUCGUCGAUACGAUUGUAAUGGCGAAUUUGGGGUACUUCCAGUUGAAGGCGAACCCGGGCGCUUGGCUGUUGAGGCUGCGUCAAGGCCGAAGCGCUGAUAUAUACGAUAUCGUUAGUCAUGAGGGUAGCGAUACGCCGGAAAAUUCGACAGACAUUAAAGUACUUAUAAGUUCGCUCAGAUCGCAUAUCGUUAAAUUGAGGGUACAGAAAAAACCGGAUAAAAUUAACGUCGAUUUACUUACCGAAGACGAUAAUAAUUCCGGAAUUUGGAAUUCUAUUACCAGUUCGUUCAAAGGCAACGAAGAAGAAACCGACGAGAAAUUAAAUAUAUUUUCUCUAGCCUCCGGACACUUGUACGAGAGAUUCCUCAGAAUUAUGAUGAUGUCGGUGUUGAAACACACGAAAACUCCGGUGAAAUUCUGGUUCCUCAAAAACUACCUCUCGCCGCAAUUCAAAGAUUUCCUGCCGUACAUGUCGAAAGAAUACGGCUUCGAAUACGAACUGGUACAGUACAAAUGGCCGAGAUGGCUCCACCAGCAAACCGAAAAACAACGCAUCAUUUGGGGCUACAAAAUAUUGUUUUUGGACGUUUUGUUCCCGUUGGACGUUAAAAAAAUCAUUUUCGUCGACGCCGAUCAGGUGGUUAGAACGGACUUGAAAGAAUUACAACAACUCGACCUAGGGGGCGCGCCCUACGGUUACACGCCGUUCUGCGAGUCGCGCAAGGAAAUGGACGGGUUCCGCUUCUGGAAGAGCGGCUACUGGCGGAACCACCUCCAAGGCAGGAAGUACCACAUAUCCGCUUUGUACGUGGUCGAUUUGAAGCGGUUCCGCCGCAUAGCGGCCGGCGAUAGGCUGAGGGGCCAGUACCAAGCGCUCAGCCAAGAUCCCAACAGUCUUUCCAACUUGGACCAAGACCUGCCGAACAACAUGAUCCACCAGGUGGCGAUCAAAUCGCUGCCGCAGGAAUGGUUGUGGUGCGAGACUUGGUGCGACGACGCGUCCAAGGAGAGAGCUAAGACUAUAGAUUUGUGUAAUAAUCCCAUGACCAAGGAGGCUAAGUUGACCGCUGCUGUUAGAAUACUGCCCGAAUGGAAGGGAUACGAUGAUGAGAUUAGGGCGUUGCAGAAGAAAAUCGAUUCUGGGUUGAUGGACGCCGAUCCUGCUGAACACGAUGUUACUGAAAAAGCUGGAACUGAUUUACAUUCGGAAUUAUGAUAACUAGAUAAAUUAUGUACAUAAUUAAGUAAUUUGUAAGAGUGAUAUUUACAUGUCUUAAAUUAUGUUUAUCAUAAGACUAAUUUAAUAAAUAUGUAAGUCU